UCAAGCCGGUUCAUAACUUAACCGGGCCGGUACAAUGAUCCUCCUCUGGUUUUGAUGGUUCCCUCUUCUCUUGCUUUUGCAUCGUCCCAGAAAAAAGGUCCGAGAGAAGAAUCGGAUGAUGAUGAUGAUGAUGAGUAGGUGGAGGAGGAGCUUGGCCUCUUCGACCUCUCUUAUCUCAAUCCCGCGGCCUCACAUAACAACAAGAGCCAUGUCCUUCUCUUGCUCUUCUUCUUCGUCUUCUUCUUCGCUUCAAUUGGUUAUCGAGUACCACAAGCAGACGAAGCAUUCAUUGAACGGUUACGCGAGAGGUCCUCGAGGUCUGGACUGGGCCAAUCAGCCCAAUCCCUUUCGCCGUUACCUCUCUGCUCCUCUUCUUCCUCUCCUACACCCUAACGACGACGACGACUCUAUCCUCUGCUCCUCCUAUUGUUCUCUGUUCGAGUCGCUUCCUCCUCCCAAGCCAGUCUCUCUCUCAACCAUCUCUGACCUUUUCUACCAUUCCCUCGCUCUCUCCGCCUGGAAGACCAUCGGCUUCUCCACCUGGCCUCUCCGCGUCAACCCCAGCAGCGGCAACCUCCACCCAACCGAGGCUUACCUCAUCGCUCCGCCCAUCGAUUCGCUCUCCCAAUCCGCUUUCGUAGCCCACUAUGCUCCAAAAGAGCACUCUUUGGAGGUUAGAGCUCAGAGCAUUCCCUCUUCGUUUUUCCCUUCUUUCUUCCCAGCCAAUUCCUUUCUCAUAGGCCUUUCUUCCAUCUUCUGGCGCGAAGCUUGGAAGUACGGCGAACGAGCCUUUAGGUACUGCAACCACGACGUCGGCCACGCCAUCGCCUCUCUCUCCAUCGCUGCAGCUGAGCUCGGCUGGCACGUGAAGCUUCUCGACGGCUUCGGAUCCGAUGAUCUCAAGAGGCUUAUGGGAAUCCCUCACUUUCCCUCUUUUGAAGGCAAAGGCAAAGGCAAAGGUAAGCUCCCUGAGGUUGAAUCCGAACAUCCUGACUGCUUGCUCCUCGUUUUCCCAAACGGAACUAGCAGAGAUGUCAUCAUCGACUUAGACUACCUCGGGAUUAGCUCUGCCAUUAGAGAUUUCCCAACUAGUCUAGAUUGGAUUGGGAAGCCCAAUGAGCUGAGUAAAGAGCAUUUUUACUGGGACAUCAUCUAUAAGACUGCCAAGGCUGUAGAAAAGCCUCCAUCCAUCAUCUCCACCUCUUGUAUUGAUGCUUCUUCCUUCACAAGCAGCAGCGCUCUCUUCAGCCAGGGUUCAUAUCACGAGGUAACGGCCAGGCAAGUUGUUAGGAAGAGAAGAAGUGCUGUUGAUAUGGACGCUGUUACUUUUAUAGACAAGUCUGCGUUUUACCAGAUACUGAUGCACUGCCUCCCUUCCGGCUCCGGCCAUCCCCAAAGGCAAGGGGAUCAACUUGUACUGCCGUUUCGUGCUCUUCCUUGGGAUUCUGCUGAGGUUCAUCUUGCCUUGUUUGUCCACAGAGUUUCCGGUUUGCCAAAGGGUUUGUAUUUCCUAGUCAGAAACGAGGAUCAUCUCAGCCAUCUCAAGACUGCUACGAGGCCUGAUUUUGAGUGGGAGAAACCUGAUGGAUGCCCCGAUGAUCUUCCUCUCUACAAGCUCACCGAGGGUGAUUGCCAGAAGCUGGCCAAAGGACUAUCAUGUCAUCAGGACAUUGCAGGGGAUGGAUGCUUCAGCUUAGGCAUGAUAGCUCGGUUUGAACCGGCGCUGCGGGAGAAGGGCUCAUGGAUGUAUCCUCGACUCUUCUGGGAGACGGGUGUUGUUGGCCAAGUUUUGUACCUGGAAGCACAUGCAAUGGGGAUCUCAGCUACCGGGAUUGGGUGCUAUUUCGAUGAUCCGGUUCAUGAGAUCCUCGGGAUUAAUGACUCUAGCUUUCAGAGUCUGUACCAUUUCACUGUCGGAGGUCCCGUUGUAGACAAGCGGAUCAUGACUCUUCCUGCUUAUCCUGGUCCUACCACUACCGAUGCCUAGAUCAUCAUCAUAUACUCUCUACUCCGGGUGCGGUGAAUCAGCCUUCAUUUUUGUAAUCUCGUGCCACGUUUUAGAUCCAUAAUAACGAGUUAAUCUGUAAUAAUUUGGUCUAUCAAAUAGAGACUAUAUAUAUAUAUAACUUAAAGUCUAUCUAUCUAAAUGAUUUUUGGUCAUUUAGAUACUAUUACCAAUCCAAGUUUAAUAGGAUGAUACCGUAGUUGGAUAGUUUUCCUCA